AACAUUAGCUCCCGCUCACACCUAAGCCGGCUCCGGUUCCCCCUCCUUUCCCGGCUUCCGCGUAAUUUGCCGCGAUCGGGUUGGUCCAGGUGUUUGGCCCUCCUCAGCGAGACACCCCGUGAGUGGCUCAGUGAAGGCGCGAGUUUCCGCCUCCCUUCUAUCAUUGGACCGUGGUUAGCACUGCGCAGUCCCAAUGGCUGAACGCGAGAGUCUCCUCCCCACGCGACCAUCUGUGCAGCGUCUUGGGCGCGAUAGGCUGCUGUCUCCUGUCAAGGACUUCAGGAUCGACGCCCUAGGAGCCGGAGCUGGACCCGGAGGAGUGCGCGCCCUUGCUGCCGCCCUUGGCCUCGCCAUGCCUUCUUCCAUCUUCUCUGAUGUGCCCCAGGCUCAGCCGGUCGUAGUCUUCAAGCUCACUGCAGACUUCCGGGAAGACCCAGACCCCCGCAAGGUCAACCUAGGAGUGGGAGCAUAUCGCACAGAUGAGGGCCAACCUUGGGUUUUGCCAGUAGUGAGAAAGGUAGAACUUCAGCUUGCUAAAAAUGACUCUCUGAACCAUGAGUACUUACCUAUCUUGGGACUGCCAGAAUUCCGAACCAAUGCUUCCCACAUUGCUCUUGGGGAAGACAGCCCAGCCAUCAAGGAGAAGCGGAUGGGAAGUGUGCAGGCUUUGGGAGGAACAGGUGCCCUUCGAAUUGGAGCCGAGUUCUUACGCAGAUGGUACAAUGGAACAAACAAUGCAUCCACUCCUGUCUACGUGUCUGCUCCAACCUGGGAAAAUCACAAUGGUGUGUUUGGUGCUGCUGGCUUUGUGGACAUCCGAACAUAUCGUUACUGGGAUGCAGCUAAGAGAGGGCUUGACCUUAAAGGCCUGCUGCAAGAUAUGGAGAAUGCUCCAGAAUUCUCUAUCUUUGUCCUUCAUGCCUGUGCACAUAACCCCACUGGCACUGAUCCAACUCCAGAGCAAUGGGAGAAAAUUGUUUCUGUCAUGAAGCGCCGAUUUCUAUUCCCUUUCUUUGACUCAGCCUAUCAAGGUUUUUCAUCUGGGGACCUAGACAAGGAUGCUUGGGCUGUCCGCUAUUUUGUGAAUGAGGGUUUUGAGCUCUUCUGUGCUCAGUCCUUCUCCAAGAACUUUGGCCUUUACAACGAGCGGGUGGGAAACCUGAUCGUGGUUGGGAAAGAUGCUGAUAACGUCGUGCGUGUCCUUUCCCAGAUGGAGAAGAUUGUGCGUGUCUUGUGGUCCAACCCUCCUGCUCAAGGAGCUCGGAUAGUGGCCACUACCCUUUCCAACCCUGAGCUUUUUACUGAGUGGAAAGAAAAUGUUAAGACAAUGGCUGAUCGGAUUCUGUUAAUGAGAACUGAACUCAGAUCACGCCUUGAAGCUCUUGGCACCCCAGGAACCUGGAAUCACAUCACUGAACAGAUUGGAAUGUUCAGUUUCACAGGAUUAACUACAAAGCAAGUGGAAUAUUUGGUCAAUGAAAAGCACAUCUAUCUACUGCCAAGUGGCCGGAUCAACAUGUGUGGCCUGACUACAAAGAAUCUGGAUUAUGUGGCUACCUCCAUCCAUGAAGCCGUCACUAAAGUCCAGUGAAGAAGCACCCACCCAACCAGCACCACCAAAGCUGCUGUCUAUCAUAUGUGUGUAGCCCCUGCUUGCACAAAUCCAUUAUCUAUAUAGUGUAAUAGUGACAAUCAAAGGACUGGAAUGACUACAUUGGUGGGAUACCAGUGUUUGAAGUUGACAUGAUUUGAGAUUGCCCAGGAUUAGGGCUCUUUUGGAGAGCCAUGAAAUAUGAACAUUUUUGAUUUAAAGGAAAAAAAGAAGAAAAACCCAUAUUAUUGUGAUCAUUAUGUGAGUGAAGCAUGUUGACCCACCCUCCUCCAAUCAGUGUGUUCAUAGUUUAUUUGCUUCUGUGUGAAUGUUGUAAAGAAUAGAUUAUAUCAAGUCAUUUAUUCUUGGAGCAAAAACCUCACCCCAAAGAUCAAGUCAGCAGAAGAGCUGUGUGAUUGUAGCCAUCGGCAAUGCCAUUAAAACAAACAAACAACCUUUUAUCUCUACAAAGAGUUUCUGUUUCUUUUCCUUGGUUAUUUCUGUGCUCUAAUUUUUGACACCUUGGUGGUUUUCCAAGAUCACCCUUUCUUUCAUAGUUCUGCCUAGUCAAAACCCUACUCAUUAAGGAAUAUAAUACAGCAAACCAUGUUAGCCCCUGUGAAUUUCAACUGAUACACAAGUAUGAGUUUUGCAUGUAAGUUAAGAUACUGAAAUCAAAAGAAAUGUUUUGCCUUGAUGUCUUCAUUUGUCUAGAAAAGGGAACCCUCUUUCCAUUGAGAAUGGGUUCUCAUUGGAGAAUCCAAUUUCUCCUAGAGACUCUGGCACCACCUCAAAUCCAGUUAUUAGCUACCUAAUGAUAGGCCAAUAACGAUUACAUCCAACUCCAUAAAUUUCAGUAAGUCUAAUCUUUUAACUGGAAAACCUAACUCUCUAGGGAAUAAGAUUUAGAAUGAGUGGAGUUUGGAGAGCCAAAUCAUCUCCAUUUUAUAGAUGAGGGUUCUCAGUCUUAUGAUGAAGUGGACAAGACCAUAUAGUAAAAUAGUAGCAAAUAGCAGAAAUAAGU